AAGGUUGUGAGCACCAUCCACCCAAAGCAGAGAGUCUAGCUCCUACCUUUUGUUACAAAAGUGUGUUGGGCUGUUGAAGAAAGAUCCAGCCAUUGGUGCACACACAAAAAUCCAAGUUGCAGCUGUAGGUGCUCUCCUACAUAGCAGUGGAUAGGAAGAUGUGUAGUUCCUUCCUUGAUGUCCCCCACCAUCCACCAAUCCACCAUCCUCCUCCAAAGAAAUGCUACUAGGCUAGGUUGGGCUAGGUCAGAUAGGGGGCAGCCACACACACUGAGCAAGCAAGCAUGAGAUAGUCCAGGCCUCUACUGUUGUUCUUGACGGAAAGAAGGAACACAAAAAGAUCUGGUAACAAGUUGCAGUAUUAUGCACAAGCAGAGGGUCUCUACUCUGUACUCCGGAAGAGUAUGUAAGAGUGCCAGAGUCAGUCGACCCAAUGCUACUCCUACCAGGAAAAAUGAGAUGUAAUUCCUAAAAGGUGCAUAAUGGUAAUUGGUAAACAGGUGGAGUUUCAUGUCACAAGACAAAAUGAGUAGAAAAAUAAUAGUGCGGGUUCCAGAAAUAUUGAAACAUACUGUCAUGUCCAGAAAGAUAGUAAGUGGAUCAUCUUACACGGGCAGAUGGGCUGCACUUUCUAAUUGGGCUGCAAGCAAAGCGACGCUCUUCAAGAGCUCGAGAUGCUGACAGUGAAUGCCAAGGAAGCCCAACAGCUUAUACUGACAAAAAUCCUUGAGAGGAACCAAGCUAGUGAGUACUUGAGCAAAUUCAUGAAUAGAUCCACAAACACAUCCACCUUCAAGAGAAACGUCCCAGUAGUGACAUAUGAUGUGGUCCAGCCGUACAUCACAAGGAUCUCAACUGGCGAGGAUUCUUCCAUUAUAUCUGGAGACCGAAUCGUAGAACUGCUGAGAAGCUCCGGAACUUCUCGGGGUGAGCCAAGAUUGAUGCCAGCCAUCUCCGAGGAUCUUGACCGUCGAACCUACCUUUAUAGUCUGCUAAUGCCGAUAAUGAACAAGUAUGUAUCAGGCCUUGGUGAGGGGAAGGCCAUGUAUCUUCUCUUUGUGAAAGCAGAAACGCUGACGAAUUCUGGCAUUCCAGUUCGAUCAGUCCUCACUAGCUAUUACAAAAGCCCUCACUUCCUGCACCGCAAACAUGACUUGUACAACAACUACACCAGUCCUGAUGAGGUAAUUCUUUGCCCUGACAGCCAGCAGAGCAUGUACUGCCAGCUGCUAUGCGGCCUGGUUGAACGCCAGCAUGUCCUCCGUCUUGGGGCAGUCUUCGCCUCGGCGUUCCUUCGGUCUAUCAGCUUUCUUGAGCAGCACUGGUGUGACCUUGUCACUGACAUACGUAAUGGUAAACUCAAUCCCAAUGUCACCAACACCAAAUGCCGGUUGGCCAUGGAGUGCUUUCUCGCAUUGCCCAACCCGGAGCUCGCUGAUGAGCUUGAGGAAAUCUGCGGCUGUGGGCCAUGGAAGGGGAUUCUAGGCAGGCUAUGGCCUAAUGUCAAGUACAUCGAAGCUGUUCUUACAGGAACAAUGGCACAAUACAUCCCCAUGCUGGAGUUCUAUAGUGGUGGUAGGAUUCCCUUGGUAUGCACCAUGUACGCCUCGUCGGAGAGCUAUUUUGGUGUCAAUCUGAGGCCACUGUGCAAACCAACGGACGUGUCUUACACCAUCCUCCCAAACAUGGCCUACUUUGAGUUCAUUCCUUUGGAGGAUGGCCUCAGAGUGACGGAUGAUGAGGAGGUGGUGGGGAAUGACAAGCUUGUCAGCCUGGUGGAUGUCAAGGUCGGAUGCUACUAUGAGCUUGUGGUCACCACAUUUUCUGGUCUUUACAGGUAUAGGGUUGGCGAUGUGCUUCAGGUCACAGGCUUCUACAACCGUGCGCCGCAGUUCAAAUUCAUCUGCCGGAGAAACGUGAUCCUCAGCAUCGACACCGACAAGACCAACGAGGAGGAUCUCCACAACAGCGUCACGCGUGCCAAGAAGAUCCUGGAGGACAGAAACCACAUCCUCCUGGAGUACACCAGCUACCCAGACACUUCCACCGUCCCUGGACACUAUGUGCUCUUCUGGGAGAUCAAGUCCACCUGCGAAGGCGUGCAGCCCCUCGACCCUCAGCUCCUCGAGAGCUGCUGCGUCUCCGUCGAGGAGUCGCUCGACUACAUCUACAGGCGCUGCAGGGCGCACGACAAGUCGGUAGGCCCGCUGGAGAUACGGGUGGUCGAGGCCGGCGCGUUUGAUGCUCUGAUGGAUCUGCUGGUCAGCCAGGGCAGCUCCAUCAACCAGUACAAGACCCCGAGGUGCAUCGAGUCCGGCCUCGCGCUGAAGCUGCUCAACUCCAAGGUCACGGCUUCCUUCUUCAGCCCCCGGGAUCCUGAGUGGACCAUGUAAAAGCUUUCAGGGAGGGCCUGGGAGAGGCUGCAAAUCUCCGGUCUGAUCGUGCCAGCCCGCUGCUCGGAUAACCCGAUGGCAGUAUUUCUGCUGCUUGCGUUUUUCAUUUGGAGAACUACCACUACUUGUUAUAGCGCUUUCUUGUAUUAUUGCCAAGCCCUAAAGCAGAAUGAAGUAUUCGCCAUUUUUUUUGAAUUAAAAUUCGCCAUUUUUUUGCUACUCAUGUACUAUGAUUGUUCAUCUCAUCAUCUGAGCUCCAAACUGAAUGGUGAUACUACUAUAUUUA